AUGUUCGGAAUUAUUGCGGACCUGUUGGCGGCCGUUGCCACGGUGCUUUUCCCUAUUUUCGCUUCCUACAAGGCCCUCCGAAGCGGUAAUGUGAACAACCUGGCGCCAUGGCUGAUGUACUGGGUGGUAUAUUCGGCUCUUAUGCUGGCUGAGUCGUGGACAGUGUUUAUUCUCGGGUGCUGGAUUCGCCUGGUUGCAUUACUCUAUCUUGUCCUGCCGCAGACACAAGGCGCAAAGAAGUUGUACCUCGAGCACGUCGAGCCGUUCCUAAGCCACCAUGAGCGUGAGAUUGAGGAGUUUAUCGGCCAAGCUCACUCGCGCGGAAGUGCCAUGGGUCUUCAGUAUCUCAAGAAGCUCAUCGACUUGAUCCGUACAAAGGCGCUGGGCCUACCGGCACUCUGGGAGGGGCAGGGACAAGCUGAGCAGAAUGCUGCUGCUGCUGCUGCGCCAUCAUACGCCCAGUCACUCUUCUCUCGCUUCAGCCUACCUUCUGUUGUCGGAGCUGCUGGCGCUGGUCCAGCCGGUGGCCCCGGAGGCGCUGCAGCAGCAGGCGGGUUCGGAGCUCCAGACUUUGUAUCCUUGAUAGGCGGUGUGCUGGGAGGCCCGUCGGCUACCCCAAAGAGUCCCGAUGCUCAGGCCGCGGAACUGAGUGCGAGUGGCAGGCUACUACCUCGCCAUGUUGCGUCAGCACCGAAAUCCGAGCAGGCAGCCUACAUCGCCUCCCAGCGAGAUCAUCUCAAGGUUCUGUUGUCAGCGUAUGAACGAGAGUUUGGAAGUCUCAGUUCUGGCCGUGACCGCGAGAUGGGCGAUGACGUUGCAUAUGGAACCGGCUAUGACCACGAGUCGAGCGGUCUGCGCAAGAACAGAAGCGACAACUCAUUUGAAAACAUCGAGCACGAAGAUCUGGGAGCUUCGUCCUCCUUUGAUAGAGAUCGGUAUGCGGACCACAGGAGACCGAGGAUGAUGGGUGAUUAUGAGUGA